AUGUAUGAGAUCCUAUUUUAUCCUUGCAGCCUAAGCGUGCCCGAAGCGACGCCUUUCACAGCGGUGCUAAAGUUCGCAGCGGAGGAGUUCCGCGUGGAGCCCGCUACCAGCGCUAUCAUCACUGAUGACGGUAUCGGCAUCAACCCUCAGCAGACUGCCGGAAAUGUGUUUUUAAAACACGGUUCGGAGUUGAGGCUAAUCCCGAGGGACCGAGUGGGAUGCACUUCUGCA